AAGCACAGCCUCAGACUUAGUACCUGCCAAGCUGUUGCGAAAGCAACACUCAACUUAUAUAGCAAUGCCCAAGCCAGCUGCUAAUGCUAACGCUAAUCAGGUGUUGCAGCUAGAGACGCCAGCAGCAGCAGCAGCAGCAACACGCAGCGGCAGCAAGAAAUGCAAACUAAAAAACUUGGUGAGCACUUUGGCCAUUUGUUGUGCAUUGGCGCUUAUAAUAGGCGCCAUUUAUAUGCACUUACGGCAAAAGCAUCAUCUGGGGCGACUCAACGUAGAGCACAGAGAGCAACCCGCAGAGGUAGUUGAUAUAGCGGCAACAAUUGCUGCACGUAGCGCUUACCAAAGCGAGCAGUGCUUGGCCUGCAUUGCAGCUGCGGCAACAGCAAAUAAACGCGUAAUGUGUCGAGAUGAGCCUUGCGGCAUCUAUCGCAUCUCGCGUGGCUAUUGGCGCGAUGCGCAGCUGGCAGUGCCCGAGCUGGCGCUGCAAGGCUAUGAUAACUGCGUUAUAGAAGACGAAUGUGCUGCACGUGCAGUUAGCGGCUAUCUACAAGUUUAUGCGCAUGACUGCAAUGGCGAUGGUUUAAUUAGCUGCAAGGACUACAUAAUGCUGCAUUUGCUAGGACCCACCGCUUGUAAGAAACAACAACAGCUGGGCGCUAUGCACAGCCAACGCGCUCAGUUAUGUUUAUUGCAGCAUCAGUUGGAAUAGUAAAGACAAC